AAAUUGAAAAGUACAAAGUCGGCGGCGGGGGACAUGAGAUUGCACAACUUGUUUGGAAGAAUCAACCUACUCACUCUCUUUCACGUUCAUUACUCACACUCUUUUUUUCUUCUCUUCAACAAACACGAUGACGAACUUAAGGUUCAUUUCGGCAGUGAUGCUAGCGGCCUUCAGUACUUUGGUAGUGGCCGCACCAGUCGAAAGCGCUGAGAAGCGAGCUAUCUCUUCCAUAGUCAAAGGCACACCAAUGGGCAUGGCUUCUGCCGUCACGGGUGGCGGUAGUGCAGCAGUUGUGUAUCCGACCACCAUCGAGCAGUUAAAGGCCUACCUCACCUCAGACGAGCCCCAGAAUAUCGUCAUAUCCGGAGCUUUCAAUUUUGUCGGAUCAGAGGGCACAACUCCAUUGACAGCUUGUAAUAACUAUCCAUGCACGCCCUCGAAUGGAGGACAGGCGCUACUUAACACCCUCGGUGGAUGCGGCUCGAGCCCAACAUACAGCGUGUCUGUCGAUACUGCUGGUUAUCAAGGUAUCAAUGUCAAGUCACAGAAGACACUUGUCGGCAAGAACGGCGCGACGCUGAACGGCAAAGGCUUGCGUUUUAUUGGCGUCUCGAACAUCAUCAUCCAGAACAUCGCCAUCACCAAUCUUAACCCCAAGUACGUCUGGGGUGGUGAUGCGCUAACUUUCAGUGAUACUAACAAUAUAUGGAUUGAUCAUGUCACUACAUCUAGUCUCGGCCGUCAGCACUACAGCUUCGGCACCGGUGCCAACAACGCAGUUACAAUCUCUAACAGCUUUAUCAAUGGCAAGACGGAUCACUCCGCUUCGUGCGACGGACACACAUACUGGGGUUUGGAGCUGGUAGGAUCAGGGGAUCAAAUUACAUUCUACAAAAAUUACGUCUAUAACACUUCUGGUCGUACCCCUGCACUUUCUGGAAACACACUUUUCCACGCCGUGAACAAUGUCUGGUCCUCCAACUCCGGUCACCUACUCGAAGGAGACAAGAACGGCAUGGGUCUGUACGAAGGUAACUACUUCACGAGCGUCCCGACGGUGGUGCAAGCAGGCUCUUCGAUUCGUCUAUUCACCUCGAACCCUGCCGAUGCGUCCAAAUGCGCGGCGUACCUUGGUCGUAACUGUGUCUCAAAUAGUCUGUCUAGCUCGGGUGCCUUCAGCUACUCAGACACGAGCUUCCUUUAUCUCUUCAAAGGAAAGACUAGCAUUCCCUCGGCAGCUGCAGUUUCAUCGAUCCAGAAUACUGUCCCUACCUCUGCAGGAAAUACAUUGUGAUCAGCCCAGAUGGCAUAUCUUUGAUGGUGCAUCGUGUUUUGAUAACUCGUUACAUAUGGAAGCGGUCAUUAGGAGACUCGGUCUAUUUGGCUUGAACGUCGGAGAAUUUAUAGGUGUCUGAAACACGAUCACAAUCAACUAUCUUCGAGUACCUAUUCAUAAUUAUAUAUUUUAAUCUUUGUAUUUAGUUAAUAUACAUUCUUGUGGUCAAUCA